AUGGAAGUUGUAAGUUGGAAUGAUAACGCCUAUCUCAUACUUCUAAGCGUAUCUUUGUGCUUGUCUUACACCGUUUUGCUAGGUGAAGCUCUAGUGACCUCGAAGACUUCCGCUUUCCAAAACGACAGAUUAUCUAGCAGAGGUCGACGCUACAAUCUACUCUCUAGGGACCGGCUUAAUGUUCCCAUUAGAGACAAGGAGGGGAGGUAUCUAAAGCAGCUUUCAGAUGAACAGUCACAACGCCUAAUUUCAAUAAGCUCUGAUGAGGAAGUAUCUGUCGAUAUCUACAAUACUCACUUUAUGUCCAGUUUGGCGGGCGACGAGAUGAUUGAGGUGUUGCGACGAGACGGUUACAAUUUGGACCGUCCGACUACUACUGUAACCGAUUAUCCCGACUUGGACCUCGUUCCCCCCCAUGUUAUAACCGAACGACGCUCCGUUUUUUCACGCCUUCCCUGUUGCAGUCGACGGAGUUCUUGUAGCCUCAUGUAA